AGAUCCAUGUGACCAAACUGCUCUCUGAACAAGAAGUGAAGCUUCCCGAUCCAAUCGUCCAUAGCCCCACCAAAGAUGACUCUGCCUUGGUCUUGUGGAAACGACCGGUCAAUCCUACCAACCGCUAAUUUUGUCUUCUCUUACAGUGAAGUGAACCGCCGGUCAACACCAUGUUUUCCAAUUCCAAUUUCGUCACCAAACCCAUAAUAUGCACAAACUUUAACUCAACUUCCAUUUCAUUCAUCUCCACUAAAUAUGGAGAAUUCAAGUCAAGAAUCGCAUCUCCGGUCUGAAAAUUCCGUUACAUAUGACUCCUCCUAUCCUAUCUACGCUAUGGCUUUUUCAUCCUUCACGUCUUCCCUCCCUAGCCGCCGCCGUCGACUUGCCGUCGGGAGCUUUAUCGAAGAGUUCAACAAUCGUGUCGAUAUUCUGUCCUUCGAUGAAGAUACCCUAACCCUUAAGCCUGUUCCGAAUCUCUCUUUUGAACACCCUUAUCCGCCUACGAAGCUCAUGUUCCAUCCUAAUCCUUCUGCAUCUCUCAAGACUAAUGAUAUUCUUGCUUCUUCCGGUGAUUACCUCCGUCUAUGGGAUGUUAGUGAAACUUCUAUUGAACCUCUUUUCACUCUCAGUAACAAUAAAACUAGUGAAUAUUGUGCCCCUUUGACGUCUUUUGAUUGGAAUGAGGUGGAGCCGAGAAGAAUUGGUACUUCUAGUAUAGACACUACUUGUACCAUCUGGGAUGUUGAGAAAGGGGUUGUGGAAACCCAACUGAUAGCUCAUGACAAAGAGGUUUACGAUAUAGCUUGGGGUGAAGCUGGGGUUUUUGCUUCGGUUUCUGCUGAUGGGUCAGUUAGGAUUUUUGAUUUGAGGGAUAAGGAACAUUCGACAAUUAUUUAUGAGAGUCCAAAACCGGACACUCCGUUGUUGAGGUUGGCUUGGAACAAGCAAGAUUUGAGAUACAUGGCUACCAUAUUGAUGGAUAACAAUAAGAUUGUGAUUUUAGAUAUCAGGUCUCCAGCAAUGCCCGUGGCAGAGUUGGAAAGGCAUCAGGCGAGUGUGAAUGCUAUUGCUUGGGCUCCACAGAGUUGUAGACAUAUUUGUUCUGCUGGGGAUGAUGGGCAGGCGCUCAUUUGGGAGUUGCCAACUGUUGCAGGGCCUAAUGGGAUUGAUCCUAUGUCAAUGUACUCUGCUGGAGCUGAGAUUAAUCAAAUUCAGUGGUCUGCUGCACAACGUGAUUGGAUUGCUAUUGCGUUUUCUAACAAGUUGCAGCUGCUUAAAGUAUAAGGCAAUUGGAUGAUUGAAUUUUUCCUGAACAAAAAUUUCAACUUUGUGUGAUGCAGUAUGCUGAUUCAUUUUCAUUUGGGCCCUACUGGAUCAUCUUGUUGUUUGAGAGAUCCGAUUGCUGUUUCUAAGCCUUGUCAUAGUUGUAUUUGUUCUACAUGGAGCUUCUGUUGCUCAAGGGUUGUUUAUUGCUUAACAAUAAUCUUUUCUUUUUGUAGAAAAUUCAGCUUUUCAUCUGUUAAGAAAUAGAUUAUAAUUCAUGGGAAAUAUAUAAGUUAGAUAAAUGAAUUAUUUUUAGUUUAGAAGGCCCGACCUGGAAAUUGGUGGCUUCAUUGAGAGUUUUAUCUUGGUAAUUCAGUUUAAUGCUU